AUGUCGUCUACUUACCGCAUUUGCGGUCAAAGAACUGCUUUUGCGAUUUUUACUUAUUCUGCCCCGAUCCGCAUCUGCGAUGCACCAGCCGCACAUGCGCCAUUGCAGGUGAGGGCGUCAACAGAUCAUAUCCAUACUGUGAUAGAUGGUGUGAAGUGGUACAUUGUGUGUCUUGAAAACAAGAGAUGCAGGUGUGGGAAAUUUCAGCUUGAUGAACUUCCUUGUGCGCAUGCUUUGGUUGCUUUAAGGCACAUGAAUGAGUCUUAUGAAAACUAUUGCUCGCCGUUUUACACAAGGGAGAGCCUAUUGCGUACUUAUGAAAUACCAGUAAAUCCCAUGCCUGAUGAAAGCAAAUGGAAUGUGCCACAACAUAUAUCUGAAGAAGUAGUAAAUCCACCUACAGGAGGGAAAAGACAGCCAGGAAGACCUCAAAAAGAAAGAUACAAAACAUAUGAUUAA